AUGGCUCCCAAGCCUACCGCUGCUGGCAUUCCCGCCACCGUCCCCGCUAAGGACGUCAAGGGCUCUGCCGCUGCCGCUGCCAAGAGCGGUGUCGCCGCCGAGAAAAAGGAGGCUAGCGCCGAGAAUGACGCCCUCCUCUCUGGUGACAAGGAUGCUGCACAGGAGCUCACCAACCUCGUCAAAAUUGAGGGCCCUGCCGCGUUGGCCAACCUUGGCAUCGACGCCGUCAUCCUCAAAGGUCUCGGCGACAAGAAAAACGCUGCUGGCCGUGAGGGUGCUUGCACUCUCGUCUCCCACCUCUGCGAUCAGGGUGUCGGCCACGAGGUUGAACCUUUUAUCUUUGACAAGGUCCUCAACUCGCUUGUCGAGGCCAUGGGUGACAAGGAAAAGUCGGUCCAGAAGGCUGCUCUCAACUCGCUCCUCGCCUUUGUCAGGGCCAUGUCCCCCUGGGCUGCUCCCCAGCUGCUCAACGUCGUCCUCUCCCAGGCCCGCUCCGCUGGUAAGUGGCAGGUCAAGACCGGCUGCAUCACGCUCCUCGAGGAGAUGGUCACCGCCUGCCCUGAGCGCAUGGCUGCUCUCAUGCCCGAGAUCAUCCCUGUCAUGACCGAGGUCAUCUGGGACACCAAGACCGACGUCCAGAAGGCUUCUCGUGCUGCCCUCACCAAGCUUUGCGUCCUUAUCUCCAACAAGGAUAUCGAGCGUUUCAUCCCUGCCCUCAUCAACUCGCUCAUCCACCCUGUCGAAGAGGUCCCCAAGACCAUUCAGCUCCUUGCCGCUACCACCUUCGUUUCCGAGGUUGACAGCCCCACCCUCGCUCUCAUGGUGCCCCUUCUCUCCCGUGGUCUCAACGAGCGCCCCACCGCCACCAAGCGUAAGGUCGCCGUUAUCAUUGACAACAUGGCCAAGCUCGUCGACAACGAGCGCACCGUUCGUCCUUUCCUCGGCAAGCUUCUCCCCGGUUUGAUCAAGAUGGAGUCCACCAUGGCCGACCCUGAGGCUCGUAGCGUCAUUCAGCGUGCCAUCAAGACUCUCCGUGAGGUCGGUAACGUCACUGGCGACGGCUCCGAUGUCAAGCCUCUCGAGGAUGUUGAUCUCAAGACCACCCAGGAGCAGGUCAACAAGUCUCUCGGCGAGCAGAGCCUCCAGGCUCAGGCCAACCUCUCGGCCUACCUUGCCGUCCUUGUGGCCAACCUUGCCAACGCCCGCAACUUUGAGCUCACCGAGUGGGAGUCGACCCUGAUCCCCUACCUCACCCUCAUCAAGGGCUCCAAGCCUGAGCAGGCCAAGGCUGUCGCCAAGUCGCUCCUUACUGCUCUUGCCAAGACCACCGGUGACUCGGUCGAGAUCUUCGAAGACGAGGAGGAGGGUGAAGACCUUUGCAACUGUCAGUUCUCGCUCGCCUACGGUGCCAAGAUUCUCCUCAACACCGCCACCCUCCGUCUUAAGCGUGGCCACCGAUACGGUCUUUGCGGUCGUAACGGUUCCGGAAAGUCGACCCUCAUGCGUGCCAUCACCAAUGGCCAGGUCGAGGGUUUCCCUUCGCCCGAAGAGGUCCGCACCUGGUACGUCGAGCACGACCUUGACGGUUCCGAAGGUGAGAUGACCGUCCUUGACUUUAUCUGCGCCGACGAGCGUCUCUCCAUGUCCAAGGAGGAGGCCGUCAAGACGCUCCACGAGGUCGGCUUCGACGAUGCUCGUCAGAACUCGCCCAUCGCCGGUCUCUCCGGUGGUUGGAAGAUGAAGGUCGCCCUUGCCCGUGCCAUUCUCUUCAAGGCCGACAUUCUCCUCCUUGACGAGCCCACUAACCACUUGGACGUCGUCAACGUAAAGUGGAUUACCGACUACCUCUGCAACCUCAAGACGGCCACCGCCAUCAUUGUCUCGCACGACUCUGGUUUCUUGAACAACGUUUGCACUGACAUUCUCCACCUCAACCGCUUCAAGAUCAAGAGGUAUCCCGGUAACCUCGACGCCUUCGUCAAGCGUGUCCCUGAGGCUCGUGCCUACGCCGAGCUCAACACCGGCGAGGACUACUCGUUCAAGCUCCCCGACCCUCCUCUUCUCGACGGUGUCAAGACCAAGGAGAAGUCGCUCAUUAAGAUGAAGAACGUCGUCUUCCAGUAUCCCAAUACCCCUGCUCCUCAGCUCAAGGGUGUUUCCAUCCAGAUCUCGCUCGCCUCGCGUGUCGCUAUUCUCGGCCCCAACGGUUCGGGUAAGUCGACUCUUGUCAAGCUUGUCGUUGGCGACACCGAGCCCAACUCUGGUGAACUCUGGAAGCACCCCAACUUGGUCAUUGGUUACGUCGCCCAGCACGCUUUCCACCACAUUGACCAGCACCUCGACAAGACCCCUCUCGACUACAUGCUCUGGCGUUACCAGACCGGUGAGGACCUCGAGGAGCACAUGAAGUCCAACCGCAAGCUCUCUCCCGAGGAGCUUGCUGCCAUGAAGCAGGGUGAGGUCUACGUUCAUGAGGGCGUCAAGCGUAUCAUUGACGAAAUUGUUGCUCGUAAGAAGUUGAAAAACUCUUUCCAGUACGAAGUCUCGUUCAAGAACAUGUCCUCCGCCGACAACAUCUGGAUCCCAAGAGACGAGCUGAUCAAGCGUGGUUUUGAGAAGGCUGUCAUGGCCUUUGACAGCAAGGAAGCACAACGUUUGGGUAUGAACCGUCCAUUGGUUCGUAAAGAAAUCGAGCAGCACUUUGAGGACUUUGGUCUCGAGCGCGAGUUCACCUCACACAACACCAUGCGCGGUCUCUCUGGUGGUCAGAAGGUCAAGGUCGUUCUUGGUGCCGCCACCUGGCGACGACCCCACAUCAUCGUCCUCGACGAGCCCACCAACUUCUUGGACCGUGAGUCGCUCGCUGCGCUCAUCAAGGCGAUCGAGUCUUACCAGGGUGGUGUUGCCAUCAUUACCCACUCUCGUGAGUUCUCCGAAGGUACCUGCAAGGAGAUCUGGUCCAUGAACGAUGGUGUCCUCGUCGCCUCCGGUCACGACUGGACUGAGUCUAACUCCAAGGGUACUAAGCUCGAGGCUCAGGAAGAGGCCGAUGAGAUUGUUGAUUCUAUGGGCAAUGUUCAUAAAGUUGAGAAGAAGGCCAAGAAGGAAUCAGCGAGCGACAAACGUCGCAUGCGCAAAGAGAGGAUGCAGCGAGCCAAGCUUGGCCUUGGUAGCGACGACGAAGGGGACCUCUAG